AUGUCGUAUACCGAAUCUCUCUUCCCCGUCGCAGAAGAAAUUGACCUCCACACUCUACUCUUCCAACCCCAAACACCACCCCAAGCCCCUACCCUACUGCUCCUCCACUUCUGCGGCGGCUCCAACACCACAUUCCUGCCACUAGCCAAACACUUGUCAACCAAACACACCGUCAUCGUCCCCUCUCUCCGAGGCUACGGCCGCUCCAGUCGACCUGCUAACCCAGAAGCCUACCAUCUCACAAAUUACGCCUCAGACGUCGUAACCCUACUCGACAAGCUCGCGCGAUCCGAGCCAUCACUCCUCGAACACGGCCUCGUGCUAGUCGGCCACUCCAUGGGUGGGAAAUUGGCCCAGUACCUCCUCACACAAAGCCAUGUCGCUUCUCUAGUCAAAGCACUCAUCCUUCUAGCUCCAGCUCCAGCACAGCCGUUCACCUUACCACCUGAGAUGAAACGCCAGCAGGUUCAAGCUUUCCAGGAUCCUACAACAGCUCGGUACGUGGUGGAAAAUGUACUCCUAGGCUCCGAUGCUCAUGUCAAUCGUACCAUCACUCAGGAACAGAAGGAAAGCCUAGUCGACGAUAUCGUCCAUGCCUCCGCUGAGGCCAAGGCCGCAUGGCCCUCGUAUGGAAUGGCUGAGGACUAUGAGCGCGUUAUUUGCGAUGCUGUGGUGGAGUACGUACGCGAGCAUGAUGGGCUCCACGUGUUGGUUAUUGUGGGGAGGGAAGAUCGGGUCGAGACGAUCGAGGGUGUGAGCGAGCGGACGGUAAAUGUGCUGACGGCUGUGGGCGCGAAAGUCGAUUUUCACGUCCUUGAGCGUGUGGGACAUCUUCUUCCCGUUGAGGCGCCGAGGGCUGUGGGAGUGCUUGUUUAUGAGUUUGUAGAUUCGCUGAGGGUGGGAGCACACGGUAAUGAAGCGGUAGCGAUUGAUCGAGCACGAUUCAACCCAACCCUACACACGUCCGCAUUUAAUCUGGAGGGUGAGUGGGCCGUCGUCAAUGACGUCAACACAUCUAUCAAACGAUACAUAUAUUUUGUUGCCCACAUCGCAUGCCCAUGUUACCACUACGCUGCCGGGGUCUCCAGAAACCCGACCCUUACCAUCGCAGCAAGUCGCACUAAAGACGCCAGGGUAGCCAUGGUCUCACUACUGGCCUGGUUAAAAUCGAACGACUAUCAGAUCCUAGGACCGCAUCUCUACCCCGAACCACCGAUAUGGUACCACAUCAUCCCGACCAUUGUUCUCCCGACAGCACUUAUGAUACCCCGGACGAUUCUCUCUAGAUGGCAGAAUGCUGCGGUGUUCAUGCCUGUUAUUGCGGCUGUGACGCUGAAGGCGUGGUGGGAAAUGGGUGGCGUGGAUGUUUUGAGUGUUAAUGGGUUGUUGUGGGCGCUAUUCUUGCUGGUGUUGAAGGACCCGUGGGGUGACUUUAGGUACGUGAGGGGUCGCGAAAUGUUAGAAAGGAGGGUCGUUGCGAAGGAUUCUGGGAAGACGGAAGUCGGGACUGGUCUGCCAUCUGUCACUGGCAAUGGGAGCGUCAAGGAACAGACUGCCACCACUCUCCAGACUUCGCUGCCAACCACUAUCGACCACAACAAUAACGACUUUUAUGAAGGGGAGACGAAACAACCUUACCCUUCCGCCUUACUAGCCCGCAUCCCUUGGGUCUACACCCUCCUAAUCUCCAUCCGCCUCAACAACUGGAGGAUCAACUCACCAUCCCACGAUAAGACUCAACCACCCGCACCAGCCUUUCCCACCCAUGGAGCCUUCGCCCUACAAGCCCUUUCCAGCUUCGCACUAGGCUACGUAGUCCUAGACCUCACGAGCGUUUACAUAGCCUGGGACCCUUACUUCCAAAACCCCAACAUGCCGUUGGCCUCCCCAUUAUCACUACCAUCGACCUUACCCUCAGCCCUCCAGCUCCUGCCACUAAGAUUGGUUAGGACAAUGACAAUAGGCGCCCAAGCCUGGGCUCUGAUAGGCCAGAUGUUCUAUCUCCCGUGUCUCCUCCCUCUGACCAUCCACUACAUGGGCUGGAUAGGAGACGAAUGGUCCCCGCACAAUUGGCCUCCAUACUUCGGUCCCUCUAGCACAAUCCUGAAACACGGUGUCCGGGGUUUCUGGGGAUCGUACUGGCAUCAGACUAUGCGGUUUACUGUUUCUGCUCCGGGAUAUGAAUUGGCCGAUCUUCUGGGCUUCAAAGCAGGAGGCACGAUAAGAUAUGCCGUCAUCACAUUUACAGCCUUCGCGUUGAGUGGACUGGUGCAUACCGGUCUCGUACCACCGGAACCACUGAACGCCAUCGUCUCGCCGCAUGAACUACGGUUCUACGUCUUCGCUUUCUUCGCCGUACAACCUAUAGCCGUGCUUCUCGAAACCCUCUUCGCCAGCCUCAUGGCGAAAUAUGGCGGUGGCUUGGAGCGUUGGCGUUCAGGAAAUGGACUGAGGAUACGAAAGUUGAUCAACGCGAUCUGGACAAUAUCGUGGUUCACUCUCACGCUCGGGCUGAUAGGUGAGAUGGGUAGGCAGUUGGAUUGGUGGCAUUACUGGACUGUGCCUGUGAGUUUAUGGAAAGGCUUGAGAGGGGAGGGAUGGGUGGCUUGGCCGGUCUUUGCUUAG